GUUCUCUGAACCUUUUCCAGAAGCUCGCUGUCUUUUUUUAAGCAGAGUCUGGCCACUUGUAUGCAGUACUCAAGUUUAGGACGUACGAACACUGUAUACAAAGUCAAAAACUUAUUAGCGUCGAGAUGACUAAAAGCCCUACGUAUUGACCAUAACGUCCUAAAACCUUUGGCGGCCAUUGCACGGCAGUGUGCAGUAGUCUUUAAGUCUUGGCUGACGAUGACUCCAACGUCAUUAUGUGUCUGGACGACAGGUAGCUCAGUGUUAUUCAUCGUGUAUGUAUCUGUACCUUGAUGACCGAUAUACAUCACAACACACUUGGAAGUAUUUAUCGGCAACUGCCAGGUUUGAGACCAUUCAGAUAAUCUUUCUCUGUUUUAGACAUUGUUGGGUUACGUUUCUUGAAAAAUAACAAUGCCAUUUAGGAUAGAAGCGACAUUUAACUGUCAUACGAUUAUUUUGCUUUAUACCUGUUCAAACAAGUAUAGGCUUGUUUGAACGUGUUUUAUGAACUCGUUGUAUAAAUGUAAAAUUGCUUAGCUAGAUGAAAUGAAGCUGCCACAAUCUGUGGAUUUAUCAAACUAUAUUAUCGAAGUAUAUGACAGAUUCAAGCUUUUCUUAUCUGUUUUGUUUACUACAAGUAAAACUUAAUUACAUUUUCACUUCCCAAGAACCUUGAAAUUUCACAAACAAACGAAUGUUAACAAAGAAGCUUCAGACUAGUGCAUCUUUACGAAAUGAUAGCAAGGAUCAUGGUUGUAGAUUUUCAUGUUCAAACGCUCAAUGCACCAUUCAAGAAGAAUGUGAUCGUGUUUCAUUGACUCGUACGACUAGUGUUAGAUCCACGGUAGAGUUUCCUCCGAAUAUAGACGAGAAAGAUCUAGAAAUAUUAGGUGAAAUUGGAAGUGGAGCAUAUGGUAGAGCUAUAAAAGUAAAACACCGACAAUCUAAUUGUUUGUUGGUUCUUAAAGAGGUUAUUGAACAAAACAAAGCAAUUGAGGCAACUAUUAUACGCGAAGUUUCAUUACUUCAAAAUUUAAAACAUACAAAUAUUUUAACAAUUGUCGGUGUGGUUAUUCGAAAUAGACAAUUUUGUCUUAUUACUGAAUAUAUUGAAAAAGGAAGUUUACAUUCAUUAUGUUUGGAUAAAAUGAAAUAUCCAUUUGAUUGGAUUAAAAUAAUAACAUUUGGUCGUGAUAUUGCAUCAGGGAUGGCUUAUUUACAUAAACAUGACGUUAUACAUCGGGAUUUAACAACUUUUAAUUGUCUUGUACGACAAGAUGACUCUGUAGUUGUGUCUGACUUUGGAUUGUCAAAAUUAGUUCAGUCAAUUCCGUCUUGUAGACAGAAAACAGAAGAAAAAUGCUCCGAUCACACAACAACAAAUGACUCCGAAUCAAUAAUUCAAGAUUCUUCUGAUACUUCAAAUAACACCGAUGUUCAACGUAAUCAUACUUCUUGUCUUAGACGUCAUCAUGCAUACAAUCAUCCAAGAAGACAUACUGUAGUUGGUAGUCCAUACUGGAUGGCUCCAGAAAUGAUAGCCGGUCAACCAUAUGAUAAUUCAGUAGAUGUAUAUUCAUUUGGUACAAUUAUGUGUCAAUUAAUUCUACGUACAAAUGCUGAUCCAGAUAACUUAAUACGUGAUGUAAAAACUUUGUGUAUAGAAAUGGAUGAAUUAAUGAAACUAGAAAAUUUUCCUAUCAAUACACCACCAAUAUUAUUAAACAUGACAAGUCAAUGCAUUUCAUUGGAUCCAAGAAAUAGACCUUGUUUUGAUUCAUGUGUUGGACUACUGGAACAAUGUUUACUAUACUUAUUAUCCGGACAUCAAUCACAACAGGUUAUAGUUCGAAAUUCUGCUAAAGACAUUUCCACAAUUAAUGACAAUAAUGCAGAAAGUGUAGAUUCUGAUCAGGAUCUUGAUGUUAAUAAAUAUUGAUCACUAGUACAUAUAUAUCCUUGUAUACAUAUUUGUAACUUUCACUCGAAUGACAUGAUGUCUUAUGCGUAGCCUACUGUUGUAUGGAUUUUCAUUAUCCGAAUAUUAUAUUUCUAUCUUAUUACACGAAGAUAUAAAUCGCUAUUUUAAUGUGAAAUUAAGUUUUGUAUCCUGUUACCCUGUUAUUAAUCCAUCCCUUAUUAUUUUUUUUAUCGGUUAUGACUUAUAUUGAAUUGAUAAAUAAAAUGAGAUUACAACUCUUCAAGUAUUACACAAUUCAACAAAUUAAAUGUAAUCAUUAUAUUUUUUUGUAUUGGUGUUUGUAGCCAUUUGAUAAAGAAAUAGGACGGAUUAUUUUCUUUUAGUUUUAUUGAAUUCUUUAAGAUUAAUAGUUGGAUUGUAAAGUUGUCGUUGUUGUUCUGAACAACAUAUUCAAUGUCUUGUUGAUGUAAAAAUACCUUGUUUAAUUACUAUUCUAUAAGCGUUUAAUCAAUCUAUCCUGACGAAUUUGUCUGUGAAUCUUUGUCUUCGUAGUUUUGUUAACUUUUGGUUUGUAUUUUUAUUUGAUUGGUCGCUUUUCGCUUGACUAGUUGUCUGUUUCCUUAUAGAUUUGUAGAUUAAGUCUAUAUAGAUACGGUUAUUGGUUAUUCUGUGGCAUGAUUGCAGUAAUUUUCUAUCAUUCUUUGGAUUUCCAUGUUUCAGAAUUAGUUUUUGCAAUAAUCUAUUCAGCUUUUACAUUAUGAAUAGUUAUGUAGAGGAUACUUUUCUUUUGAAGUUAAAUCGCUGAGGAUUUAUAUUAAAAACUACCUGUUCUCCUGAUAGUAAUAUUCAGAACUUGAAGUAUCCAGCGUAUUUUACCAUUGGAAUGGUAAUCUACCAUAAUUAUCUCGAUCCACAAAAUAGGAUCCAAGCGACACAAAUCGAUUCGUUGACCAUUUUGUUGUAAAAAUGUUGAUAAGAAUUAUUAAGACUAUUAUCUUUUUGUAAUCUAACUUCUUGUUGAUCAAUACACAAU